AUAUGGAGAAAUCGUGGAUAUCAAUUUAGUUCGAGAUAAAUCAUCUGGAAAAUUCAAAGGUUAUGGAUUCUUAUGUUAUGAAGAUCAAAGAAGUACAAUUCUUGCAGUGGAUAACUUAAAUGGAAUAAAGGUACAGUUGGUAUAUGUGUUAAUGUUUAAAAGGUUUGGCAAGCCGGCAAUUAUGUAGAAAUUAGAAUAUCAUAUUAAAUAAAAAAUAUGUACGUUUCACGUAAUGGCAGUGCAACUGCAGUAACAACGGUGGUAUAGAACAGGAGCGUUCGAAUUAGUUAUCUGAGCAUUUGACAUUUUUUAGCUUGGUGGUCGUACAAUCCGAGUUGAUCAUGUGGCUAACUACAAACGACCAAAAGGAGAUGAACGCGAUGAAAAAGGCGAAAGAAAGGACCUACCGCUGGUUGGUUGUGCGCCCACAACACCACCUGGCUCUGACGAAGACCCGGAUGAAGAAGAAAAUGAUGUCGUGAUGGAACCCAAAAAGAAGAAAAAGAAGAAGGAAAAAUCAAAGAAACGAACAAAAGAAAAGAGGAAAAGUGAAAAGGGCGAAGUGGAAGAGCGAGCACGAGCAAGAUCGCCAAGUGCAGAAAGAUGGAAGAUUGGUAGAGAUAACAAAGAGUUGGGUGGUAGAACGAAAACACUGGGCAAUACCUCGGAAAUGGAUCGAGAUAGGAAGAGAUACAGGGAUGAACGAAGUUACAGGGAUAGAAUGAAUGUGGAUAGUUAUAGGAGGCACGACUAUAAAGAAAAAGACAGAGAAAUGGACAUGAGAGAGGAUGUUAAAUAUAAAGGGAACAUUGAAGAGAGAAUGAAGUAUCGUAGAGAUGAUGAGAGAGGCAGGGACAAAGAUACAGAAAGAAGACGAUAUGAAGAUAGAAAUAGAAAAUAA